UAUGUACAGAGGUAACAUUUAACACAUAUGUGAAAUGUCUAUAUGCACAGCAUUUAAGCCUAUCUUUCUUUUCCAGACCAAAGCGGCAGAGAUAAUCCAUAUGAGACAUCCCUUGCCUCGUCUGGCGUAUGUGGACCGCAGCUGAUCUCAGUUCAUACACACACACACACAUACUCUCACUCGCUCACACUAAAAACAGAAGGAAUUUAUAGUUUUAUAAGAAAGAAAUUCACAAAUACACAUAGCUCGGGGAUCUUGACUGAAUCUGGCAUCAUGAGUCUUAAACAGCCCUGCAUCUUUCUCAAAGGAGGCAAAAGGAGACAUUCAAGAGCACUUACACAUGAUGAGAUAGAAGAGUUACGUGAAGCUUUUGUAGAGUUUGAUAAGGACAAGGAUGGUUUAAUAAGCUGUAAAGACUUGGGGAACUUGAUGAGGACCAUGGGUUAUAUGCCAACUGAAAUGGAGCUGAUAGAACUGAGCCAAAACAUCAACAUGAACCUUGGGGGGCGGGUGGACUUUGAGGAUUUUGUCGACCUAAUGACCCCCAAGCUUCUGGAUGAAACUGCAGGGAUGAUUGGUUUGAAGGAACUCAAAGAUGCUUUCAAAGAGUUUGAUUUAGAUGGCGAUGGUGCUAUCACUUCUGAUGAGAUGAAACAUGCUAUGCUGAAGUUGUUGGGCAAACAAACCAGCAAAAAUGAAAUUGAUGCAGUGGUCAAGGAGGCUGACGACAAUGGUGAUGGAACAGUUGACUUUGAGGAGUUUGUGAAAAUGAUGUCACAGAAAUGAGAA